CGCUAUUAAAUAUUAAAUGAGUAUUUAAUGAUUAAAACCACCAUUAAAAAAUAAUUAAUAAAUUUCGUGUUGGCUAUAAAAUGGGUAAAAAGUUUAUUUCCAUAAGUUUCUCAUUAUUUAGUGCUAUACUAAUAAAUCUUAAUGGACAAGUUACCGGUGCUCAACUACCGGUCCCACUCAUUGACUUUCGGACUAAUAAGUCUUUGACUAUAAGUACCUACAAGUACUAUGCCUUUCAAAACCAGGCGACACAAGACUACCUGAUUUGGUGCGGAAAUAGCGGUACCAUUCCCAACGCACCCGUCAAGAGUAACGCGUCGUUUUGGCACACAUUUCAGAAACUGGAGGUCCCGGCCGGCAAUUACUACCGGUUCACACACGGAGACCCCUCAUUAAAUUGCCGACACGUGUCCAAAGUAUCGGCCGCACCUAUCAGUGGAUACGUAUUGCUGUUUAACAAGGACUGCGGUGGCGAUACUAAUCCGAAUAUUGACGAUGGUAGUGGACACUCGAUAAACUGUGUGCCAUCGCCUGCUGAUAUGAACAACCCUGCUACCGGUGCUCUACAGUCGGCCCCAAUCAUUGACUUCCGGACGAAUAAGACAUUGACUAUAAGUACGAACCAAUUGUAUGGCUUUCAAAACCAAGCGACACAGCAAUAUAUGACACAAUGCCUUCAGGGGGCCACUCCCAACCCCACCGCACCCCCUAAGACUAACGCCACGUUUUGGUACAUAUUUGAGAAGCUGACGGCGCCGGCAGGCAAUUACUACCGGAUUAGACACCCAGACCCUACACUCAAAUGUCAACAAGUGUCCAAAAUAUCGGCCGCACCUACCCGUGGAUACGUAUUGAUGUUUAACAGGGACUGCGGGCCAUAG